AUGCACUACGAACCUCUUGAAACUCUUGAGCUUUCCACAUUUUUCCGCACUCAGACCUAUUUUGGAGAAAGCGAAAUUUUGUUAUUCCGAGGCGAAUUGGUUUCUGUCACAUAUAGAAAUCCAUCGAUCUCAACAUUUCUGCCAGCGAUAUGGAAACAGUUGAAUUUCGUCAUGCUAAAUCAGCUGUAUUUUCGAGUCCCCGACUAG